AUGGACGCACAUCAAUUAUUUGUCUCCAGCAUUUAUUCUCAGUCUCUAAGUGAAUCGACCCAGAAGAUUUUGGGUUGCAGAGAUUUCUUUUCUUGGGGAUUGCCGCCUGUUUUCCAUGGCUAUAGGCACCAAAUUCACCAUCAAAGCAGCUCCAUAGUUGAGGAACCACUUGACCCAUUCUCCCUUGUUUCCGAUGAGCUGUCACUUAUUGCUGACAGGUUGCGGGACAUGGUAGUUGCUGAGGUCCCUAAGCUUGCAUCUGCUGCUGAGUACUUCUUUAAAAUAGGGGUAGAGGGAAAGAGGUUUCGUCCCACGGUCCUAUUGCUAAUGUCAACAGCUCUGAAUGUCACAGUACCUGAACCUCCUACACAGUUGGGAGAGGCUUUGUCAACGGAACUGCGUGCAAGACAGCAAUGUAUUGCAGAAGUCACAGAGAUGAUUCAUGUGGCAAGUCUUCUACAUGAUGAUGUAUUGGAUGAUGCAGAUACAAGACGAGGUGUUGGUUCAUUAAAUUGUGUAAUGGGAAAUAAGUUAGCUGUUUUAGCAGGGGAUUUCCUGCUUUCCCGAGCUUGUGUCGCACUUGCCUCUCUAAGGAACACAGAGGUUGUAUCAUUACUUUCAACAGUUGUAGAGCAUCUUGUGACAGGUGAAACCAUGCAAAUGACUACCACAUCCGAUCAACGUUGUAGCAUGGAAUAUUAUAUACAAAAGACGUAUUUCAAGACCGCAUCAUUGAUUUCAAACAGUUGCAAGGCAAUCGCCAUUCUUGCUGGGCAUACAGCAGAAGUUGCAAUGUUGGCUUUUGAGUAUGGAAAAAAUCUGGGAUUGGCAUAUCAAUUGAUUGAUGAUGUUCUUGAUUUCACGGGUACAUCAGCUUCUCUUGGAAAGGGCUCUUUAUCUGACAUCCGUCAUGGCAUCAUAACCGCGCCAAUAUUGUUUGCCAUGGAAGAGUUUCCUCAGUUGCGUGCAGUCGUCGAACAGGGCUUUGAUAACCCUGCUAAUGUUGAACUCGCUCUUGACUACCUUGGUAGGAGCCAUGGGAUACGUAGGACAAGGGAGCUAGCCACAAAACAUGCAAACCUUGCCGCAUCAGCAAUCGAAUCUCUGCCCAAGAGUGAAGACAAAGAUGUCAGAAGAUCAAGGAGGGCGCUCCUAGAUCUCACCCACAUAGUCAUUACAAGAAUCAAGUGA